AUGGGAGAAACAGCGUUAAAUAUUAAAAUUAAACAAGAAAAAGUUACACCUGAACGAGAGGAAGAGAAGGAUGAUAUAGUGAAGUUAUUGGAGUCUAAUUUAUUUGCAGAAAACGAUGAAACUCUUGAUAAAAAGGAUAUUGAACCAUCCAAAACCAGCGAUCAGCUUCUUGAAGAACUGUUCGGUGUUUUUGGAGCUAAUGUAAGUAUUCCAGAUAUUUUAAGUAACAAUGCAGAUGUAGAGAAAAAAAGUAAAAAGAAGAAGAAGCGUAAACACGAUGACUCCGAUGAAGAAACAUCAAAAAAGAAACAUAAAAAGUCAAAAAAAUCUAAAAAAGUUAAAGAAGAGCCUAAGGAUGAAGAGGACAAGUUGAAAGAUCAAAUUAAGAAAGAGAAAAAGGAGAAAUCUGUGAAGAAAGAACCAACAGAAAGUCGAAAACUUUCAAUUAUCAUUAAAGAUUCAAAGUUUAAAUCUGAAGUUGUUAAACCAAACACUUCUUUACCUUCAAAAAACAAAGAAAAAGAUAAGGAAAGAAGUCGAAAAAGUAAAGACCGUGAAAGGGAUAAAAAUAGGAAAAGUCGCGAGAAAAAAUCGAGUGGAAAUGUUUCUGAUAUUUCGCUAUCCGAUGAAGAAACAUACAGAAAAAUGUUGGAGUAUCAUACAAGCUCUCGUUGGGAAAAGGAAGACUCUUAUCGAAACAGCCAUAUAAGAGAAUGGGAUCGUGACAAAUACAGAAGAGGACGAAGUCGCGACGACAACAGGCAUUCCAGAUAUCACCGACCACGUUCACGAUCACGUUCCAGGUCUCGAAAUCAUUCUCCAAUCGAUAAGAAAAAACUUCUGGAAAUUGCAAGAAAGAAUGCAAUUUCAAUGUUGAAAAGUGGAAGUUUACCUCGUAGCAUCAGUGAAAAUGCCAAAGAAAAACUGAUAACAAAGAUAAGACAUGGUGGACAAUCAAUUGAAGAGUUAACAAAUUAUUGCAAGAGAUUAUCAAAAGCUGAAAAUUUCGGUGAAUUGUCAAGUUUUUCUGAUAGCGAUAAUGACGGGGAUGGAAAACCACGAGCAUUUCAUCAUCCUUUUGAAGUGAAAGAUCGCGGUCCAAUCGUAAUGAAUAUAAAAAAUUCUGUUCCAAUAGCACCGAAACAAGCGAGUGAAAUUAAAGCAAUCAUGUCACAAUUCCCAGUAUCAUCUGGAAAACAACAUCAGAAAGUUGAAAACACUUGGGUGCCUGUCACAACGUCAAAUACAACAUCAACAGUGACGACUGUCGCGACGAUCUCAAAACCAAUUAUAACUCUACAAAAACAAAUUCAAGAACAACUUCCAGAACUUGCGAGACCUAAACCAACACCAGCAAUUGAAGCUCCCCCCCCACCACCACUGGAUCCAGCACUCACAAAGCCUUACGAUUGGAAGAGUGACGAUCAUUAUCUUUCAAAGUCCGUCGCUAUCAUUCCGGAGUUAGCGCCACCACCUUUACCACCCAUCGACGUGUCCGAAGUAAUAUCUCAACGAUUAAAUGCAAUGAGAAAGCUACAAGAAAAUCCUUCGGAUCAUCAAGCGAAUCAAGUUCUUUUCGAGACACAACAAAAUAUGUCUCAAUGGGCUCAAUCAAAAUUUACGCCAGGUCAAUUCUUAGGCAGCACGAAUGUUCGUGUACUUAGUGCCAAAGAACUUGCAACUGGUAAUCAAGCAUGGGCUAGAAAAAAUCAACUUAUUGACACGCAACCAGUUAAUUCUGGAAUGGGAAUGCAUUUGUUGAAGAAAAUGGGUUGGACACCAGGCGAAGGUUUAGGAAAAGAAAAGAAUGGAAGUUUGACACCGUUGCUGCUUGAACUUAAGCUUGAUAAACGAGGAUUGGAGGCGAAUGAAGAGGUUUUGAAGCAAAAACAAAUGAACAUGAACAGAGGAAAGAAACCAGGCCAACGUGGAGGUCCCAACGCUCCAAUACCAUUAGCGAGUCUUGAACAAAAGCAUCCCGUAUCACUUCUUGGUGAACUUGCAUCGAAGAGAAAAUGGGGAGCACCAAACUACACGCUUGUCCAUGAAAAUGGCCCACCACAUGCUAAAAAUUUUAUAUUUAAGGUUCAAUUGAAUGGAAUCGACUACACAUCUCCAGUAUCUGCAAAUAACAAAAAAGAAGCAAAAUCGUGUGUUGCCAAGUUUUGUCUUCAACAACUUGGAAUUUUGCCGUCAUAAAAUGUUUCAAUUCAAUGCUGAGAAGGGAAUGGAAGAAAUCUAUUGUCGUCCCCCAUUUUUUUCUUGUUAAUGGAUUCCAGAAGAUGAUCAUAAAUUUGAUAUCGAAGAGAUGAUAAUGGUCGUAAGAUUCCUUUAUUGACUCUGUGGUGACUAUACGGUGCACAAUCAUGAAUAAUUUAAUUCCUUCAUUCUGAUGUCGUUUGCGAUUCAAUUGAAUAACUUCGCUUUGCUAUUCUCGGGGAAAGUAUUUUCACCUCCAAUAUGUGAAUUGAAUUAAUUAUCAUCAUCGAUGUUUUGUUGCUCCAAAAUAAAUGUCAAAAGGGUCGAAAACUUUUUUCAGUUUAUUCACCUUUAAUCUUGUGAUCAUUAAACUCUUUUGACAUUAUUUAGAAACAACAGUAGACGAAAGAUAUCUUCUCAUUUCUAAUCGAAAUGGUAAAAUACCUUUCUGUUAUCUUUCUUUGAUUUUCAAUUUAGGAAAAUGGGAAAAUAAAAAGAAAUCUGUCAAUUUGAUGUUUGGGGUUCGUUUGUGAAUGAUUUCGAAAUAUUAAUAGAGCAUCUUAUCUUCAAUUUUAAUCGCAUCACAUCACAAACGACCCUCAAACGUCCAUUUCAAUUAUAAAGCUAUCAAUAUCUGAUGAAACCUUUUGAAAAACUUCCUUUCAACCUUCUUAUUCAACGAGCUGUUAUCCCACACGGUAACAGACCAGCCAAAGUGGUAAUGAAGGCAAAAAAGUUGAAUUUCUUAAAAGGUUUCGUUCAUUUUUAAAUUUUCUCUGAAAAAAAUUCUUUUCUAUCGGAAAUAUCAAAAAGGAUGUUGGAUUGGAAGUUUAAAAAGAAAACCGACAAAAACUUUUUCAUGGCUGAAAAGAAAGUAAAAGUGAAAAAUCAAAGCUAAGCCUACGAGUUUUGAAAAGUAAAGAAAAAAAUUAUGCCACGUGAGAGCGAAUGGGUGGAAGUUGUUUUCCAGGUAUGUUUUUAUGCUAAUUACUUUUGAAAAGAUUUCAAUGAUGAUAGGAAAUCCGAGGAAAUAAUAAUUUAACGAUAUUUUAUGUGAGAUAAUAAGCCUUGAGCGUCACACGUUUUACGUAAAUCAAGACGUAAAUCUUCUUAAAAGUCGACAUCUGCCCACAUUGGUGAAUUUCGAGAAUGAAGAUUAAAUUCCAUUAAAAAGUAAUCAAAUUAUCUCGUUGAUAAAGGCACUUUAAAUCUAUUUCUCUUUUCAUCACACCUUUUCGAUGAAAUUCAAUUUGAUGAAGUCCCUUUUCUUUAUCAUUUCUUUAAUAGAUAUUAAAAUAAUCUCUUAGCUACACCUUCCAAUGUUCGACAAAGGCACGAACAAAGUUGCUUUUGAUAGAGUUCUUUUGUUAAAGUAAAUUCUCUCGAGCAUGUAACUCAAUACGUUUGUUUGUGUUUGAUUUGCAACAGAAAGAAAAAGAAAAAAGCUUAAGCUCAUCGAAGCUUAAAAGUGAAGUGAAGAAAUUUUUUCAGAGAAAAUCUUUAUCACAUAUUGAAGAUGAAAAUAUUUUUCCACAGCAUAAAAUGAAAAAACUAAACCUUUAUGAUCCUUAAAUCCUACCUAGAAAAUAUUAUUUUCCUUUUCUCCACUUAAAGUUUUCUUCUUUCUUUCCUGAUUCCAUAUUUGAAACGUCAAUUGAUGCGCUUGAGUCUCGCUCGCUGAACUCAAUUCGAAUUAUUCUCUUAAGACUCGUGAAGAGUGUUGAACAAAUAAAAUUUAGAUUAUGCUCCUUGGCUUCCCUUUCUCGUUUUCGUCGUCUUGAACAAGAGAAAAAUCAAAAUAAAGAUUGAAUUUGAAGAAAUUGAAAAAUUUUCUUUUCAUUUUUGAUAUAAAUUUCUUUCAGUUAAUUUGUUAAUUGAUUGAAGUUUAG